ACGAAAAACAAAGCAGCUCUAGCACACACAUAUAAUCAAAAAAAUUCUUUUAAAGAUAAUAAAAAAAAAUUUCCAAUAUUCCAUCAGCUUUUCGACAAAUAUAAACGGUGGCAAUGUUUGACGAGACAACCGGUGUAACAAACAUGGUAUUGCUAGACGAUUGCGACGAGGAGAAACUGAUUGAAAACCUAAAGAAGCGGCUGGAAAAAAACAUCAUAUACACUUACAUAGGAGAAGUGCUCAUAAGUGUAAACCCAUACAAGCCGCUAUCAGAAUAUUAUGACAAAUUUAUGUUUAAGAACUACAACAAGAGCCACGCUGAAGAAAAUCCACACAUAUUUGCGAUUUCAGCCAAAGUCUUCGCGUCAUUGAAAGAAUAUCGCCAAGACCAGUGCAUUUUAAUAUCUGGUGAAUCCGGAUCGGGGAAAACAGAAGCAUCUAAAAAAGUUUUAGAAUAUAUCGCAAAAGCAACAAGUAGUGACGAUAUUGUUCAGAUAAUAAAAGAUAAACUUUUGGUAGCGAAUUCAGUAUUGGAAGCAUUCGGCAAUGCUAAGACUCGUAAUAAUGAUAAUUCUAGUCGAUUUGGAAAAUACAUGGAUGUGCAGUUCGAUCAUAUGGAUCAACCUAUAGGUGGCAAUAUUCUUAACUAUUUACUGGAAAAAUCUAGAGUAAUAAAGCAGGCACAUAACGAAAGAAACUAUCACAUAUUCUAUCAACUGGUCAACGGGGCGGAUAAAUGGCUGGCAGAACUUUUGGAGAUCGACAAGGACAUAGGUUACGAAUACUUAAGAACUGAUAAGAAUGACAGUUGUGACAGUUUCGAAGACCACCAAACUUUUGAUGAGGAUUCUAAAAAAUAUAAAGAAACGUUGCAAGCUUUCAAAACUCUCGAAUUCGAUCUCGAAGAAACAAUGGACGUGUUGAAAAUUAUUGCUAGUAUUUUGCAUUUGGGUAAUGUUAAAGUUCGCGCCCAUGACGAAAUUUGCAAAAUUGAAAAUAUCGGCACAGUUUUCCUAGUGGCUGAUCUACUAGGCGUUCCAAAGGAUGAUUUAAUAUUCGCAUUAACGAAUAAAACGAUAAAAGCUCACGACGAGGUGAUUCAGUCAAGUCUAGACGUGGAAACGUCAAAUUUCGCCAAGGACGCAUUAGCCAAAGCCAUUUACAGCAGACUGUUUGAAUGGUUGGUUGCGCAUAUUAACAGAACGUUAAAAACGACUGUUUCUAAAAACGGCGGUCGUUUCAACAAAAACAAAUCCAUCGGUAUACUGGAUAUUUACGGUUUCGAAAUUCUGCAUAACAACGGAUUCGAACAGUUUUGCAUAAACUACUGCAAUGAAAAGUUGCAGAAAUUAUUUCUCGACUUAACAAUCAAGUCGGAACAACAAGAGUAUUUAAAUGAGGGCAUCGAGUGGACUCAUAUCGAGUACUUUGACAACACCUUCAUAUGUGACAUGAUCGAAGAACGACACAAAGGAAUAAUUUCCUGUCUUGAAGACGAAUCUCUUAAACACACUGACACGGGUAACAAUAUGAUUUUGUUAAACGAAUUGGCGCGACGUUUCAAACAUCACAAACACUUCUCGUGUUUUCAGUCCACCGACUGCCAGAUAAAAAAAACAAUUAUUUCGCCUGCGGAAUUCCUGAUCGUUCAUUUCGCCGGUGCCGUAAAAUACGACGCUUCUAGCUUUUUAGAGAAGAACAACGACUCCCUGUUUGGAAAUCUCAGUCAAAUCAUGUCCAACUCCACCAACAUAAUCAUCAAAUCGUGUUUCUCAGAUUGUCUGACACCUAACAAAAAGAUUCCGGAAACCACUAUCAAGCAGUUUAAGAAUAGUCUUAAUCAAUUAAUUAUUACACUCAAGUCCAAACAACCUUCAUACAUCAGAUGUAUCAAACCGAACCAUCACAAAAUUCCUGGAAAUUUCGACGUGGAAGUGGUGAGGAACCAAGUGAAGUACAUGGGCCUGGUAGAGAUACUGCACAUUCGGAAAGCCGGUUUCACGUAUCGCGGAAAGUUAGAAGAGUUCCUGGACAGAUACAAGAGCCUGUGUCCGGAUACUUGGCCUAACUGGAAGGGACGAUUUACGACCGCUGGUGACGCGGUAGCGCGACUAAUCGAUCACCUCGAAUACACCGUCGAGGACUGCAAAAUCGGAAAAACGAAAGUGUUGAUAAAACAUCCGCGAACCGUAUUUGACAUCGAAAACCGAUUCCGGGCCUCCAAGCACUUGUUGGCGGCAACGAUCCAAGCGACGUGGCGCGGACACGUGGCCCGCGUGAAGUACACGCAGCUCAAGACGACGACGAUACGCUGCCAGUGGCUGAUCCGACGACACCUGCGGCGCGAACGGUUGCGCAGGAUCAAGGAGCACGAGAUUGUUGUGCAAAAAAUCGUUUUCAUACAGAAAAACGUGCGACGGAUGUUGGCCAUGAGUGCGUACAAGAAGAAAUGGAACGCGGCUUUAACGAUCAGAAACUUCAUCAAAGGAUUUAUGACGAUAAACGAUCCACCGAACGCGUAUAACUGCAGAUUCAAAACUUACAGAUAUAAAAAAUAUCUGAUAGAUCUGUCUGAGACGUUGCCCAAAAGCCUGAUAGACUACCGUUGGCCCGAACCACCGACUUGCUGUGUAGAGAUAUCUCAAUACCUAAUGACCCUACAUCGUGCCUGGUUGUCUCGGAUUUAUCGAUUAGACCUAGCUAAACGUCCCGGGUUGUACGAACGUCUACAAUUCAAAUUAGCCGCUUCCGAAAUAUUCAAAGGUAAAAAAUCAAUGUACCCGGAGAGUUUAAAAAUAAAUUUUGACAACGAUCGUUGCGGAAUCCUUCGGCAAUUGAUAAAUGUCUUCCCAGAAGACAGCAAUUUUAACACAACCUAUAUGUACGCCACGAAAGUGACGAAAUUCAAUCGCCGGGGGUACAAACGACGAGAGAGAAUUCUGGCAAUUACCGCUAACGCUAUUAUAUUCGUGGAGAAAACUGAUAAAAAUCAAAAGAUAAAAGAUCAUUUGCCUUUAAAGUACGUGACGAGCUUGCAAAUGACCUCCGGAACGGACAAUUUUUUACUUAUCAAAGUAUCGGGAGAACUGGAAAAGUCUAAAGGAGACGUGUUGUUAGAAGUGCCGCACUUGGUUGAAUGCGUAACGAUCAUCUCGGCACAAUCAUUUACGGGAACAAUCGAUUUCAUCGACAUGCAAACUAACUCAAGUAUGAAACACAACAUAAAAAACUUGAAAAACCCCGGAUACAUUGAGUUUAUACCCGUUAACGUCACAGAAAGAAAAGGAGAAAUCCGCAAAGGGAGCAGUGGAAAUCUAACGAUUACCGGUUGAACCACAGUCUUAAAUGCAAUCAUAAUACAAUACAGAUUUCAAAUUAGAUUCGUCGUCGGAUCAACUGACACAAAUCAUCGACACACGUGACACAAUAAUAAAUUAUCAUGACAAACGUUUGCUUGGCGCACGGAUGCUACGUGGGUGCACGAUUCGACAAAUUUCAACCGGGACAAAUCGAUGAAAUGUUUAAAUAAACACAUAUUUUCGUUUUGUUUUUAAUUUUAACUAACAUGUACAAUUAAAUUACCACGAUUCGUACCAAAAAUGUGUUGCUAUACUAAUAGAUACAUAGUUCAUUACAGUGCGUGUAUACCGUAGUAUUAAUGAUCAUAAUUAUAAUUAAAUAUAAUGUUAGCUCGUGCAUAAUGUUGACCCCGAACUAGGACCGGUGACGAAAUUCGUACAAUCACUAGAAUAUUGAUUUAAAAAGUAUGAUAUUAUUAAAACUUUUUAUGGCGUAUUGUCUCCGUCGUAUCUUCCCUAUUUGUCGGAACCCAAUCUUGAGUGUAUGAAAUUCAAUUUUCUGAAUAUAAAGGGACCAUAUAACAACUCUUUAUUCUAAAAUCCACCGUACUAUAAAGUAUAUGGCGAAUCAUUAAGCGGCAAUUGGCAAGG